GAUGCAGUCGCUGUUGGAACUGUCGCUGGAUCUAAAAUAGUCAUCGUCGUGGAAUCAUCUAAAAAUAAUUCUUCCCUACUUCGUUCUGAUAGUCUUUCAAUAUUGGGGGUUGAAGUAACACGCAUAACCAUCAGAAUACUCAUCUUCAAUUGGAUUUUUCGAAGCUGCUUUGAAAAAUUGGAAAAAUGUCAGAAAUAGUGGAGUCCUGCAAUGCAGCUGGCGAUUCCUGUGAAGUGCAAGAAGUAUCAGGAAAAUUGGAGUUGAAUACAGAAACUGCAGGGGCCGGCGAGCCUGGAAUAGCUCCAGCUGACAAGAAACCUGAAAAAGCUGAGAAAUCUCAGGCUCCAGAGAAGGAAUUAGUUGCAUUGUUCCAACAGAAACUACAAGAGCGAACAAGGGAACGUGAUGACUACAAGAAGAAAAUCCAAGAGACGGAAGCUAAAUUGUCAGCCCUUCAAGCCUCUUAUGAUGCUGUCACUUCUAAUGGAGAUGAUGAGAUGUCACUUCGUCGUCAGAUCGAGGAUUUUAAGACUAAAUUAAAUCAGGCUGAGCAAAAACUUGAGGGUCGCAGUCGCCUAAUUGCCAAUCAGGAGUGCCAGAUCUCUGCCUUGGCCAAGCAAGUCUCGUCACUGAAGGAAGUCGUGGCCAUCACCAAAAAUCUACUCGAAAUUCGAAACAUGGAAGUGAAGCAUUUGCAGGAAGACGUUAACAGCAUGGAAUCGAAAAUUUCCGCUGAACGAUCGCGACAUGAUGAGAUGAUAAACCGAAUGAACGCAGCGGCGAAAUUGAAUGCCGAUCUCAAAACCGAAUACGAAACUCAAUUGAGUCUUUUCCAAAAUUUGCGGAAAAAAUACGAGGAAAAGGUUUCACUGCUGAGUGAUAAAAGUGAGAGCGAGGCGAAUAAUUCUUGUGGAAAGUAAUUAUUGUUGUACAUAUUUCGGGUAUCAGUGAGUGUUUUAAUAAAUCCUGAGAGCUUUGUUUUAAACGAAAAUCUGAUGUAGCCAAUUAUUGCCACCGUAAUUAUAAUGAAAAUAGAAUAAUUUUUAACGAAGAAUUUUUAUUCUUAUUAUAUUUUUUUUUGCGGAAUAAUGUUUUUGAGAAAACUGAUUUUAACAAAGUGUAGCUUUAUUCUUCUGAAUAAAUUUUCGUUUCUCAAUUUGAA